AUGGGGACAGUCACAUGGAGCUGUGGUGCCGUGAUCCUGCUGGCCAUCAUUUGCUCAUGUCGUGCCAUCACUCUGGAGUCCAUCCACUGGAGCAGCUCCAACACAAAAUUUACUCCAGGUCAGGGUUUGGUCCUCUAUCCUCAAAUAGGGGACAAGAUGGACAUUGUGUGUCCCCGGGCAGACGCUUCCUCGGGUGGAAAGGAGGAGUUCUACCGGGUGUAUCUGGUCUCUCGAAGUCAGAUGGAGAGCUGCACCAUUGACAAGACGGACACACCCCUGCUGAACUGUGACAAGCCUCACCGGGACGUCAAGUUCACGUUUAAGUUCCAGGAGUUCAGCCCCAACCUCUGGGGGUUGGAGUUCCUUAAAGGGAAGGACUAUUAUAUCACCUCCACAUCUACAGGCUUCCUGCAGGGUCUGGAUAACACUAAUGGAGGGGUGUGUAGAACCAAAUCCAUGAAGCUGGUGUUGAGAGUCGGCCAAAGCGCUUCCGAUCCACCUUCAACACUCCAGGAUUCCCCCACCCGGUUUCCACCCACACGACCGAAGUCUAAGGACCCUUCCCCAAAAGAGCAGGAUAACAAUGGCAAAACUGAAACAGGACAAACAAACCCCAGUGGCAGCGGUGGCUCUGAGCCAGGACUGUUCAUGUGGGUUGUCUCUGUCUGCGUGAUCGUCCUUCUGGUCAUCAUAAUUCUGCUGGUCCUGCUGUGGAAGUACCAUCGCCGUCACUGCGUCCCAGAUAGCCAGCAGUCUGCCUCUGUGUCCCUCAACACUUUGACUGUACCAAAGCGGGACAGCAUCAGCAGCGACAACAACGGCUCAGACCGCAGCGAGGUUGUCUGUCCUCUGCGGGCUUCUGAUGGCAUGAUCUGUCGUCAUUAUGAGCGCGUGAGCAGUGACUACGGGCCCCCUGUGUACAUAGUUCAGGAGAUAACGCCACAGAAUCCCACCAACAUCUACUACAAAGUCUAAUGUUUGCUGCUGUAAUGCCAGUCUUCUGCUGAUAUUUUAACCGUCGGGGACACACUCAGGCUACACACACUUUUAUGGCUACAGUUUGUGGCAGAUGAAGAAAAGUCACAUGUGGCAUGCUCAUCUGAGGCCUGUGUUGACUUUACCAGGACAAAUGUCAAUAUUAUGCUUGUUUGUGUCUCACUGAACAAAAUUCUCCUUUCUUUUUCUUGAUUUAGUUAGGAGACCGUCAGAGAGGACUCACAUUAGAAACAGACUCUGGUGCUUCGUCACAUCUUCGUCAUGCAUAACUUGUUUCCAGUUUUUAGUAAAAGACGUUGGAGUAAAUGCAGUAAAUUAAUUUGUUUGUUUACAUUUUUAUUUUUCACAGAGAAAAAAAAGAAAAGCAACACAUUCUUGCUGCCAAGACAAAAACAAAGUUUUCACAACUGAAUUGUGUAAACUUUGUUUGAAAUGUUGUUAAGUGAAAUGAAAAUCAUGAUUUUGUUAAUUAAAGUUAAAAAAGUUUCAAGGGAAUCCACAUUGAAUCUUUCCGGUGGGUGUUGCUUACAGUUAUGUAUUUUAUAUUGUAUAAUCAUCUUUUCAAAUGUACAGUAAAUAUUAUUAGAAAUGGUUGAAAGAUAUGUUCACAGUUUUUCAAGUCUGUCUUAAAGCAGGCAGGUGAUUAUUAGCUCACUGAGAGUUUUGUUCCUCCUGUUCAGACUGACUGUUACUAGAUUUUCUCCAAAUGCACUUUGGGGACAAAAUCCACAGUCCUUGUUUUGAGCAGAAAUGUAUUUUAAUGUUUAUCUGAAAAUACCAUGAAACUUCAGCCAUCUAAAUUAGUCAAAUAAAGUGGAUAUGUUCCACAUUUACAGUCUUUUUUUACAGAAAAAUUCCCUCUUUGUAUCUCGACAGACUGUUUUCCUGUUCAGCUGUGGAAGAACUGUAACAAAAAAAGCGGAUUUUGUGCUACUUUGAACGGCUGAAGCUUCAUAUGAACUUUAAAUAACCUUAAAAAUAUAUACUUUUGCACAGAAGGAGGUUUGUGGAUUUUCCCUCAUCAGUUACAUUGUUAAUGCAUUAUGAAGGGAUCUUCUAUAGCCAGUAUGAACAGGGGGAAUGAUUAGUGCAAGAAAAACAUGUCAAUGUUUAUUUGGGCACCUGACUGUUGUUUUAGGCCAGACUUGAACAAUUGUGAACUGAUCCUUUAAUGUAUAUCCAGGGCUGUGACAACAAAAGUCUUCAUUUGAAAUGAAACUACUUGACACAUGAAUGGUUUGUUUCUUGUUAAAUGUCUGAAAGGUUUAGCUCAAAUAAUUCUCAAAUGUCUCUUCUUCACUGUCUGUGUUUUUUUCUGUUCUCCAAAACCAACAAGAGAAGAAGUCAAAACAAUUGACAUAAAAAGACAGAAAAUUAAGAGAUUAUAGUAACAAAAUGGUUACUAUGGAAUUGGAAAACACUGCUUAUAAAUCACAGCCCAUGUCUUCAGCGUCUUUAGUUGCAAAGUUACAAAAACAGCACAGUUCACUAUUCAUUAAUCUGAUGAUUAUUUUUUUUGGAUUAAUUAAUUAAUUCUAUGUGUAGAAAAUGUCAGAAAAUUGCGAAAAAUGUCAAUUAAUGUUUCCCAAAACCAAAGAAAUUAAUUUUUAAUAUCAUAGGGGACGGAAUGAACCAGAACAUAUUCAAAACUAAGAAGCUGAAACCAGUGGAUUACGUCUUUUAUUCCUAAAAAAAUCAAAAUGACUAAUUGAUUCUCAGUUGUAAAUAAUUUUCUGUUAAUUUACAAGUCAAAUAAUUGACUAAUUCUUGCAGCUCUAACUUUAAGCAAUUGAAAGUUACAGCAGCACAUAGGUUGCAUA